GUGAUCUGUCUCCGAUUCCGAUUCGAUUUGUCGCAGUUUUAUAGAUUUACAUGUGAAGUGAGAUUAAUAAUUUAAAUAAUUAUUUUAAAAUCUACUAAAAAGAUGGAGGAGUUGACUGAUUUAUUAAGCAGGUUAAGUAUUCAAUCAAUUGACUUGUCAGUGGAUUUAAUACAGGAAGUUCUACUCAAAGCCAGGCUAUAUAAAACUCUGAACAAAUCUGAUUCAAUAAAAUGGAACAAAAUACUAGAUAUAUUAUGGAAUCAUAUAUCUGUAGGGUUACCUAGAUUUGAUGAUCACUUGCUAUGCACCACUUGUUUCUAUACUGUCCUAAGUUUAACUGAUAACCAAGAAUUCUACUUGGAAAGAGUUCAGACUCUUAUCAAAUUUGAAAAUGCAGCUAGGUUAAGUAGCCCGAAGGCAUUGAUGAAAACUACAAAAACAUCUCUAUCUGUAUCUUUGAUGUAUGGCAUGUUUCAAUCAUCAUAUCUUGUUAAAGAUUCCAAUGAGGAUGUGCUUCACAUAAAAGAUAUAUUGAAUGAAACUAUAGAUUUGCUUAUAUCUAUGGCUUAUGAUUAUUCAAGAUACACAUUUCUCGUUUACAAAACAAUAAGUUCAUUAAGCAAAGUUAUAGGAACUAAGUUACAGGAGAUUGUGUAUUGUAAAAAAAAUUUAAAUAGAUUAUUGAACUUAAUAAACCAUAACUGGGAAAAUCCUAUCACAGGAGUAAGGGACUUGAAUAAAAUUAUUUUUAAAACAAUAGUUCGAUUACUAAAUAAAGAUGUUUAUGAAUCUAUUUUGCAAGACAUCAAUAGUUUUCAGUGGAAUAAAGCAAAGUAUCUUAUGCUUUCUGAGAUUGUUGAGCAACCUAAGCAUUUCAUCAACAUUCUCAAUUUUAUUGUGGAAAAUAACUGGACUGAAGGUAUUAUAAGCAGUUUACAAAAACCAGGUUUGGUAUCUGCUGGCGCUGAUAUGUAUUUUGCAAUAUUAAAAAAUCUUAAAUCAGAAGAAGAUUGGUGUACUUUAUUUUUUAAUGGAUUAAUUGACAUAUUAAAAGGAUCAAACAGCAAAGCAAUAGAAAACUUUUGCAAUUAUUGGUGUUUGACAACAUUUAAAAAAUUUCCUCAGUUACUACAAACAUUAAUUAAUGAAUUAUUAAUAUGCAAGAAAUCUGAUCUAAUUGUUUACAGCAAUUUAUGUAUAUUGAAACAAGGUAAUAAGUUAGGACUUUUAAACACGAAAUUGAUAUCACAGAAGGCUUACAAAGAAGCCAAUAUGAUUAUACUGACUGGCUUGAAUCAUUGGGAUUCUUCUAUUAGAAUGUUAGCAUUUGAAAUAAUUUCAACUACACAAGGCAAAGACCUGUCAACCGAAAGUAAAUGUGAGAUUAUUCUUAAAUAUUUACAAAAUAAUAUCAACUCUGAUUGCACAGUCCUAAGAAUGAGUAUGCUCAAUAAUUUUAAAUAUUUUAUUACGAAACUAAGUGAUUCUAAUCAAAUUAACAGUGAAGGCAAAAAAAACGAAACUGAAGUAUUUUUUAGAAAAGUUCAAGAAUUUAUUGUUCAGUCUUUGAAUUUAAAUGGCAACUACCAAAGAAAAAUUACAACACUGAAGCUAUGUGAUAUUUUUCUCAGUUCUGUUAACAACAAAUCAAGAAAGAAACGGAAAGGAAAAGAGUCAUGUAAUGUACCAGCAAUAAACCAACAAAGAGAAAAUGACUGCUUGAUAUUGUUGGAAGAGGAAUUUGUUCUGAAUUUGUUCAGUCAUUUAAAGGAUCCAGCAGAUGAUAUAAGAGAAACUACAAUUCAGUUAAUUCUAGAUCAUUAUUCUAAGAUAAUAACACCAAAAUUCAUGGAUAACUUGACAAAAGAUGCUCAAAAAUCCAUUCAAAGUAAAUUCUUCUUUGAAAUAAAUUGUGGCCAGAGCACAUUUAAACUGCUUGCCAGUUUAUUAUUGAAGAAAUCAUUUAAUGAAUAUAUUUUUAAUAAUGUUGAUGAUAUUUUUAUUUUUGUCUUCAACGAGUUGCACAUGGAGUAUGAGCAAAAAAGAAAUAUUGUAAUGUCCAUUGAGGCUGGAAAACAAUUACAUUCACUGUUAGGUGUUUUACUUCAAAUACUGAAAAUUACAAAACAAAAUGCAUAUAAUUUAAAAAGUGUGAAAAAUAUAAUGCCUCAGCUUAUACAGAUGUCAGAAGACAUUUCAACUCAAUUUAUGUGGGAGGAAGAAACAUCAACCAGUUCUGACUUCUCAAAGAUGGACGAAAUGAUACAGAACAUAAUUAUUGCAUCUGGAUACAAUCCGUUUGAUGAAAAGGAUUCUACAAAAAUUUCUGGGCUUCAGCAAAUUGUUUUAAACUGUUUAUGGUUUAAUGUAAAGGUUUCAUGUGAUUUGAUAUCAUUUGUAUUACAAUUUCUCGAUGACCGCCAGAUAGAAGAAUGUAAGAAAUGUCUCUCAAUCUUGACACAUGUUUUGGAAACAUCGAGGCACAAAGGCGUGAUAGAAGCUGCGGGUUCAGCGUUAGGUAGAGCAAUACAAUAUUUAACGUCAUUGCCAGAUGAUUCAGCUUUUUCACAAAUUCCUUUUUCUUUGCUGAAACGUAAAUUAGAAGAACUUAUAUCCUACGCAUCCAUGGCAUCUGUGACCAGAAGGGGCGCAGGUCUUUCCAUUAUGGUCCAUAGAAUAGUAUCAAGUGAUAUGAAGAAAGGCAAGCCGCUGUUCCAUUACUUUAUGGAAACAAUAUUGCAUACCUGUAGCGAUACCAAGGAAAUACCUAAUUGUUUGGACGAAAGUAAAACUGAUCUACCAAAAGCAAUUUACAUCCAUUUUCUAACGAGGGUAGUUAUCGAUAGCAGCCUCGCUUCGGACAUGAUGUACUAUUCUGUUGAAUUAGCUGAAGUAGCUUUUGACAAUUUGAGCAGUACACAUUGGCAAAUAAGAAAUGCUGCAUUACAACUUUAUGGAGCUUUAAUUCCAAAAUUAAUAGGCCAAAAGAAAGCAAUGGGAACAGACAACGAAACCGUGGCCAGUGUUGCAUGCGAUGAAUUCCGGACACACUCGCCUAAACUAUGGCAACAUAUGACUGAAUGUCUACUAAAUGUCAAUAUGCAUGAAGACAUUAUUCAAAGCCAUUCCGAUAUAAUGCCUGUGUUAAAUGUUCUUGCUAAUUUGGCAAGACGAUACAAUUUUUCUUUCGAUACAACAGGAGAAGCUUGUUACAAAACAAUAUUGCAAAAUCUCAUAGCACUUUUAGGUAGUCCCAUAUACACAGUUAGAAGAUUAAGUGCUAAAUGCAUUUAUAAUAUUUAUGAUUUUGAAAUAAUUUACAAGACAGUUAUGCUUAAAGAAAUCAAGUUUGAGAAUGAAAUACAUGGCAGCCUAAUUUUGAUUAAGAUUUGCAAUACACAUUAUAAAUCACAAAAAUAUCAAAUCCAAUGUGAAGAAAUUGUAAAUAAAUAUAAUUGUCUAUUGAAAGAAAGGAAACAUUCUUAUAUAUGCAAACAGCAAAUUGAAGAGUUGUCAAGAAAAGACCAGGUUUAUGGAAUUCGAGAAACAUUGCAAGAAUCUAAACAGAAUAUGCAUAGUCCUGGUGUAUCUUAUUGGGUUGAUUCUCGUCUAAAAAUAUAUAUACAAUUUUGCUCAUGGGAAGAUCUAACUGCGAUCAUACCAAUCCUAUUAGAGGAGCGAGAUUUUAAUAAAUAUUGUGUAUUUAUAUUAGAUAAAAUUAGAUGCAAUGAAAAUGUUUCGAAACAUAUCCUUGCAAAAAUUGCUACAAUAAUACUUCAAUCUAAACAUCAUUCCGACAGCACCAUGAUGUGGCAAAUCCUUUAUGAAAUAUCAUUAAAGGUGGAAGUAAAUUGCAAUGAACUUCCAAGAAGUAUUUUUAUACAUUUACAAAAAUCUACAAUUUGUUAUAGAAUACGAUAUAUAAUUCCAUUCCUUGCAAGUUUAGCUAGACAGUUAUCAUAUGAACAUCUUUUAAAUUUAUCUGAAAUUAUAUUUAAAUUGUGUGAUCCUGGAACAACCGAUGUAGACCUUAGAUUUAUAGCUGCACUAGGAAAUAAUGAAAUGGGGAAACAAUUUGCAUCCUUAAAAAGUUCUCGCAUUAAAAUAACUACUAUCAAAUCAGCAAUUAUCCUCUUGCAAGAUGAAGAUGAAGAUAUAAGACUUAAAAGUGCAGACUUUUAUAAGCACACAAGUGAUAGUGAAACCAAUUUACAUCCAUAUGUUUGCACAUACAAAAUAUUAAGUAAAGAUUAUCUACAAGAUAUCCUGGAUAAUCCACAAAUAGAAAUACCACUACUUUGUGAUGAAAUAGAUGGGACUUUAAGUAGCUACACUAAAAAAGAUGUUGAUUAUUAUAACCCAUUUUCCAAUGAGUCGAAAAAUAUAUACUUUGAAAUAGAAGUAGUAAGACUGUAUUUAAAUAACUUAAAAAGUAGUUAUAAAAAAUAAAUACUAUAUUUUGCUUUAGAGGAACCUUACAUUUUAAUAUAAAUCAAAUUAUCACAGCACUAAUAUUAUUCAUCAUAAUAGUAUUUCUGUGGAGGAGUUGUGUCAUCAAUUUGUAUGGAGACAAUAUGUCUACCAGGUACCAUUACUAACCCAAGCACUCGGGGCUCUUCUGUCUCACCUUCACUGCUUUUGAGAUAUUCUGAGCAAGCACCUGGAAAAUAGUUGAAAGGUAGAAUUAACAAAAUUUGAAGAACCCUAAAUGGUUGAGUUAUAGUUUGUAAGUCACAAAUUAUGAUAAAUAGGUAUUAAUAAUUCUAAUGCAACUUAUUUUUUUACCUAAAAUUACAUUUGCAUCUCGAUCAGUGCAAAGGAAAACUCCAAUGAGUACCCGGCCAUCGGUCAUUUCUAUUCUAAAAUUCAUGUUUAGCCAUUUCCUCAGUUUUGUUUUGCCAUCCAGAAGCUCGCCAUCCUAAAAUAUACAUUUAUAUAAUAUUAAAAAUUGCAAUGACCAUAGAUUAAUCAUAUAUUCAAAUUCAAUAUUAUUUAUUCAGUAUAAGCUGUUACAAGCACUUUUGACAGCCAUCAGUUGGUUUUUUUAUGA